AUGAUCAACUAUAAAAUUCCCAUUAGCUUAUUGCUAAUCUUAGUAAUAUUUAUAUCUUAAUCUAAUGCUAUUGAAUUAGCAAUUAAAUUGGAAGGUCGUUAAGAGCAUUGCUUUUUUGAUAGCUUAGGUGAAAGAAUUCUUGUUAGACUUACAAUAGUAUGUGACAAAGGAGAAUUUCUAGAAUUUAAAGUAUCCAAUUAAGAUGGAACAUAUAGUGAAACAUAGGCCGAAUUAAAAACUCAAAAUUUCUAAAUAAUUACAGAAUUUGAAGGUGAAUACUAAUUCUGUUUCCAUAAUACUGACUUGAAGGAAGAUUUAACUGUUUAUUUUGACUACAAAACUGGUGUUGAAGCAAAAGACUAUGCAGACCUAAUCAAAAAGGAAGAUGGUGUUAAGUUUGAACUAAGUGCUAAAAGAUUAGAGGAUACUUUGAAAGAUAUUUCUUUGGAAAAAAGAUUUAUUUAUAGACAUUAAUAAUACAAUAGUGCUCUGCAAAAUGAUCUUACAUUUAAGAUUUAGGGUUUUUCAAUUAUCACCCUUGUCUUGCUCAUAGCUCUUGCUAUUUUCUAGUCAUAUUACUUAAGAUAGUUUUUCAAAGAAAAGAAGAUGUUAUGA